CUUUUUUUUUUUUUUUCUCUCUUCUUCUUCUUCUUUUCUCUUUCAGUUUUUCUUUCGACCUUGUUAUUUUGUAUACACUCUUUCUCCACUCUUUUAAUAACUAUUUUAAAUUCAUUUUUAUUUUAUUUUGAUAAACCCAUUCUCCUUACUACUACUUUGUCGAUCACUUUCUUUUUUCUUUUGAAUAUAUUUUAUAUAUGUGUAGUCUAUGAGCGCACAUAUUUCAACCUUCUCUGAUUCGGAUCUCUCGUUACAUUUAUCUGAAGGAUCAACCUUAUCCUCCGAAUCUGAUCAUUCUAUUCCUAGCUCAAAACCAACUUUGAAUAAUAAUAAGAAGAAGAAAUCCUCCAUGGCCGAUAAAAAGAAAAAGAAACCUUCCAAAAAGUCUACUGUAUCACCAAAGAAAACUGUCAAACCAGUCAAAGAAGAACCUUUAUAUUGUAUUUGUCGUCAACCUUAUGAUGGAAAAGCUUUUAUGAUAGAAUGUGAUAAUUGUCAAGGUAAAAAAAAAAAAAAAGAUAAUCAAAUCAAAUCAAUUAUAUUAAUAUAUAUUUUUUUUAUUAUAGAAUGGUUUCAUGGUCAAUGUGUUGGUAUCAAUCCAAAAUCUGUCAUCAAACAUUAUUAUUGUGAUAAUUGUCAAAAGAAAAUUCAAGACGCCAAAGCUACCAAUGCAAAAGGUAAAUCACAGAACCAAAAAAAAAAGUCACCCUUCUCUUUUUUCAUUUCAAAAAGUUUAAUGUUUAACCUUAAAAUUUUCGUUAGGUCGGGGAAAGAAAGCAAAUACAAAGAAAGCAACCUCUCGAAAGAAAUCUAACAAAGGCAACAAUACAAACAAUCAAUCUAUAUCAGUCUCACUUCCAUCACC